AUGAUGCAACAGGUUAUUGUGUCUAAUGCAAAGAUUAGUGAGAGAGUAGAUGCACAUGAUUCAACGAUCAAGAAUAUUGAAAUGCAGAUGGGCCAAAAUUCGAUGUCUCUAAACAAUCGCCCUCAUGGAACACUACCUACAGAUAUCCAGGUAAAUCCAAAAGAUCAAGUCCCGAAGCAGUUGAUGGCGGUGAGCCUACGUAAUGGAAGUGAUUUGGAUAUCGAGCAAGAAAGGGCUCGAGAAGCCAAGGAGGCUGAGACACUCAUAUCAGUGCCCAUUGAGUUGGAUGAAUCAACGAAACUGACAGAGGUGACAGUCCAUCCUGACCAGAAAGAAAGUAACAUUCAAAUGGAGACCGAGAAAGAAGCUAAGAUAGCACAGGAACCAGUGGUUGAUGUGGCAGCUGAUAAAGAUCGAUCCCAAAUGAUUGGGAAGAAGAGACCUCAUGCACCCUUCCCUCAGAGGCUAGCUAAGUACCAAAAAGAGGAGCAAUACAAGAAGUUCUUGGAGAUGCUAAAACAAAUCCAGGACUUAGUGUCCCGAAAAUUUAAUUUCCAAGAUUUGGCCACAGUUACUCUUACUCAAACCUGUAGUGCAGUGGUGACUAGACCAAUUGCGGAAAAGUUGUCUGACCUAGGGAGCUUUACAAUCCCAUGCACUAUUGGUGAUUUUGCCUUUGCUAAAGCACUGUGUGAUCUAGGGGCCAACAUUAAUCUUAUGCCCCUAGCAAUUUAUAAGAGGCUGGGCAUUGAAAGAGCUAGACCCACCUCUAAGUUGUUGCAGCUGGCUGACAGGACGGUAAAGCGACCCUCUAGUAUUCUGGAUGAUGUGUUGAUUCAGGUAGGAAAAUUUGUGUUCCCUGCAGAUUUUGUAAUCUUAGACUGUAAAGUGGAUGAAGAGAUUUCCAUAAUUUUGGGAAGACCAUUCCUGUCCAUGGGUAGAGCUUUAGUUGAUUGUGAAACUGGGGAGUUAAAGAUGAGGGUGGCUUUUGAGGAACUAAAGAAGCGGCUAGUCACAUCACCGAUUAUAGUUGCUCCCAACUGGGAGCAACCGUUUGAACUCAUGUGUGAUGCUAGUGACUACGCUAUGGGAGCCGUGUUGCGAUAG